GGAAGUUGCUGCGGAGUCACGUGACCCGAGUAACAUGGCCGCUACCCACUGAACGCUACCGGUGCCUGGCGGGAGCUGGUCUCGUGAGCAGUUAGGCGGUCUGGGUCGGGUGUGGGAAAGGAGGGUCUGGGCCCAGGUUCUGGGGCAUCACGCGACGGUAAAGCGAGACAAGCAGACUCGGGUGGCGUGGUCCAUGAACCGGCGCCGGUGGCAGCGCGGAGCCGCAGAUUCCCCUGGCCCUGGUGCGGUCCUGGCAGCCGCGGGUUGAGUCGCGAGGCUCCAGGACCCAUCCUGAGCUGCAGCUAUGAACCCCGAGAAGGACUUCGCGCCGCUCACGCCCAACAUCGUGCGUGCCCUUAAUGACAAGCUAUACGAAAAGCGGAAGGUGGCAGCGCUGGAGAUCGAGAAGCUGGUGCGGGAGUUUGUGGCCCAGAACAACACCGUGCAAAUCAAGCAUGUGAUCCAGACCCUGUCUCAGGAGUUUGCCCUGUCCCAGCACCCCCACAGCCGGAAAGGGGGCCUCAUCGGCCUGGCCGCCUGCUCCAUCGCACUGGGCAAGGACUCAGGGCUUUACCUGAAGGAGCUGAUCGAGCCGGUGCUGACGUGCUUCAAUGAUGCGGACAGCAGGCUGCGCUACUAUGCCUGCGAGGCCCUCUACAACAUCGUCAAGGUGGCUCGGGGUGCCGUGCUGCCCCACUUCAACGUUCUCUUUGAUGGACUGAGUAAGUUGGCUGCUGACCCAGACCCCAAUGUGAAAAGCGGAUCUGAGCUCCUAGACCGCCUUUUAAAGGACAUUGUGACUGAGAGCAACAAGUUCGACUUGGUGGGCUUCAUCCCCUUGUUGCGGGAGAGAAUUUACUCCAACAACCAGUACGCCCGGCAAUUCAUCAUCUCCUGGAUCCUAGUUCUGGAGUCCGUGCCAGACAUUAACCUGCUGGAUUACCUGCCGGAGAUCCUGGAUGGACUCUUCCAGAUCCUGGGUGACAAUGGCAAAGAGAUUCGGAAAAUGUGCGAGGUGGUUCUUGGAGAAUUCUUGAAAGAAAUUAAGAAGAACCCUUCCAGUGUUAAGUUUGCUGAGAUGGCAAACAUCCUGGUGAUCCACUGCCAGACCACAGAUGACCUGAUCCAACUGACAGCCAUGUGCUGGAUGCGGGAGUUCAUCCAGCUGGCUGGCCGGGUGAUGCUGCCCUAUUCCUCUGGGAUCCUGACUGCUGUCUUGCCCUGCUUGGCCUAUGACGACCGCAAGAAAAGCAUCAAGGAGGUGGCCAAUGUGUGCAACCAGAGCCUAAUGAAGCUGGUCACCCCUGAGGAUGACGAGCCAGAUGAGCUGAAGCCAGCACUACAGCGGCAGACAGAACCCAACUCCGAGGACUCUGUGGCAAAGCAGGAGGGGACAGCGAGUGGAGGCCCAGAUGGCUCAUGUGACUCCAGCUUCGGUAGUGGCAUCAGUGUCUUCACUCUAGUCAGCACUGACAGGGCCCCAGUGACCCUGAACCUGGAUGGGAUUGUGCAGGUCCUCAACUGCCAUCUCAGUGACGUGGCGAUCGGGAUGAUGAGCCGGAUUGCAGUUCUGAAGUGGCUUUACCACCUCUACAUCAAGACUCCCCGCAAGAUGUUCCGGCACACAGACAGCCUCCUGCCCAUCCUGCUUCAGACUCUAUCGGAUGAAUCUGAUGAGGUCGUCCUGAAGGAUCUGGAGGUAUUGGCGGAAAUUGCUUCCUCCCCCGCAGGCCAGACGGAUGAGCCAAGCCCAGCUGAUGGCCCUGACCUCCGAGUCGGCCACUCAGAGCUUCAGGUGCCCACCCCCAGCAGAGCCAGCCUGCUGAACACUCCCAGUACCAAAGGCUUAGAAUGUUCUCCUUCUACUCCUACCAUGAACUCCUACUUUUAUAAGUUCAUGAUCAACCUUCUGCAGAGGUUCAGCAGUGAACGGAAACUCCUAGAGGUCAGAGGCCCCUUCAUCAUCAGGCAGCUGUGUCUCCUGCUGAACGCAGAGAACAUCUUUCACUCAAUGGCUGACAUCCUGCUCCGGGAGGAGGACCUCAAGUUUGCCUCCACCAUGGUGCACACCCUCAACACCAUCCUGCUCACCUCCACUGAACUCUUCCAGCUGAGAAACCAGCUCAAGGACCUGAAGACUCUGGAGAGCCAGAACCUGUUCUGCUGCCUCUACCGCUCCUGGUGCCACAACCCCGUCACCACGGUGUCCCUCUGCUUCCUCACCCAGAACUACCGCCACGCCUAUGACCUCAUCCAGAAGUUCGGGGACCUGGAGGUCACCGUGGACUUCCUCACGGAGGUGGACAAACUGGUACAGCUGAUCGAGUGCCCCAUCUUUACAUAUCUGCGCCUGCAGCUGCUGGACGUGAAGAACAACCCCUACCUGAUCAAGGCGCUGUACGGCCUGCUCAUGCUGCUGCCCCAGAGCAGCGCCUUUCAGCUGCUCUCGCACCGGCUCCAGUGCGUGCCCAACCCCGAGCUGCUGCAGACCGAGUCACCAUGGAAACCAGCAGAGCCACUGAGAAGAUUUACGCUGAAUGGAGUGCACCCAGCUUGCAUCAGAUGCCCUGUGUGUCUAGAAUUCCCUCCUAGGCUGUUGGGGCCACGCAGCAGGACUGGUGCCCUGCUCCAGCGGAGGGCCCCAGUGCUCGGCCUUGGGGUGGAUUCAGCUACCUCAGAGACAGUCUGAAGGCCACCCCCAAGUCCCAGAAAGGCGACUCCACCAGCAUUGACUAUGAAGAGCUGCUGCAGCACUUUGAGAAAGUCCAGAACCAGCACCUGGAAGUGCGGCACCAGCGGAGCGGGCGCGGGGAUCACCUGGACCGGAGGGUCGUCCUCUGAUGCGCUGCCCGGCACAGCACAGCAUGGCAUGGUGAAGGACCCAGCAAAGGGCCUGGGAAGCACUCAAGGGCUCUAGGCCGCCUCCUCGGGAGCUUGAGGACCAGCCCAGGGGAGGGGAGAGACAUGGAGACUGCUCUGCCGCCCCGCUCCUCUGGAUUCCCAUUCCCAGCGCUGUCUGCUGCACCCUGGCUACAGACUGCUGGCUUCCCACCAGGUGGGGCCGAGGCCUCAGCCAACACCCAGCCCCUGGAAUCAGUCUUUCUCAUGCGCCUCUGUGAAAUGAGGUGGAGCCCCUCAGCCUGGGCCCUGGCCUUGUGCAGCUCUGUGUAUACAUAUGUGACAUGUGCACGUACCUAGGCGUGUAUGUAGCCUGUACGCACACGGGACCAGUGCAGAAAUCUCCCGCCCCAAUAAAGAAAUGACAGAAACGCUAA